AUGCAGCGUGAAGGCUCACACGGAGGUCGUAGCCGUAGCGGUCGUGGCGGUAAAGGACGUCACGGUGGUAAACAAAACCAAGGCGAGGACAGACCAGAAAAGCAACAGCAAGGUGCUCCCACCAUCCCGCCCGAACAAGUUGUUCCUCUGGAAAAGAGCGAGAACCGUUGGGUCCCUCUUGCCCUGCGCAAACAACGUGAGGCAGCCGCUGCUGCCGCUGCCGGAGCUGCUGGCGGUGACAGUGACGUGAUGUCCGACGAAGUCAUUAUCCGCAAGGUCAAGUCCUUGUUGAACAAGUUGACGUUGGAGAAGUUCGACUCGAUUGCAGGCCAAAUCUGGGAGUAUGCCAAACAGUCCGAAAAGGAAGAUGACGGCCGUGCAUUGAAGGUUGUGAUUCAACUUACCUUUGACAAGGCUUGUGACGAACCGCCAUUUGCUGUCAUGUGGGCCCAGCUGUGCCGUAAAAUGUAUGACUCGAUUACGGACGAUAUCAAGGAUGUCGGUGUCAAGGACAAGGAGGGCAACACUGUCGCGGGUGUCAACUUGCUUCGUAAAUACCUUUUGAACCGCUGCCAGCACGAUUUCGAACGUGGUUGGAAGAUGCAGAUUCCCGAUGUCGAGUCGAUCAGUCCGGAUAUGUUGACCGACGAGUAUUACGCUGCCGUCAAGGCCAAGCGUCAAGGUCUUGGUUUGGUUGUCUUUAUCGGUGAACUGUUCAAGCGCCAGAUGUUGACCGACCGUAUCAUGCUUCAGUGCCUGACGCGUCUCUGUGACAACCCCAAGGAGGUCGGUGACGAGGAGACUGAGACCAUGGUCAAGCUUGUCUCUACCAUCGGCAAGGUCUUGGACACAAGCAACCGCAGAAACAAGGAAUGGAUGGAUGUCUACUUUGAGCGUAUUCGAGAUAUGCUCGAGAGUCCCAACCUGAGCUCGCGUGUCAAGUUUAUGAUUAUGGAUCUGUUUGACUUGCGAAAGAACAAGUGGGUCGGCCGCCGUGCCAACCAGCCCGCUCCUACCACGAUCGCCCAAGUCCACGAACAGGCACAAAAGGCCAAGAACGAAGAAAAAGAAGCCAUGAAGCGCACGACAAGCUCGCGUGGCAGCUUACCGCACCCCAUGGCACGAGCAGGCUCCCACCGUGGUGCAGGCUCGCGCGACUUGCAGCGAGAAGGUUCGAGUGGCGGCGGCAACAAUAGUGCAGCGAACACCACUGUGGAUGGCUGGAGCACCGUUGGAUCAGGCAGCCCUGGCGGCUCUACCAAGAGCAGCCGAGUGAACGAGCUGGCCAACUUUGGAAAGACGGAUCGCAGCAAGACCCGGAGUAACGUGCUAGGUCCUUCCAACAGUCCGUUUGCCAGUCUGCAUCGUGCAAACAACAAGUCGGGAGGCGAGCAAAAGUCUAGCCCCAGUGAAAGUCGGUCUAGUUCCGCCAAUAUGUUCAGGUAA